GGUGAACGGCGGCAGUCCUGCUGAGCGGGCCGGUCUGAGGGCCGGCGACGCCGUCAUCAGCAUCGGCGGGCAGAACGCCAUCGAGAUGCGCCACAAGGAGGCGCAGGACUCCAUAGUCCGCUCCGGCAACAACAUCAGCAUGGUCGUCCAAAGGGGUGGUCUGGCCUCGCUCCGCCUGCCGCCGAGUGCCACCAGUGUACCCAAGAACUUGGAGACGACGGACGGCUCGGUGAAGGCGCUGGUGCACAACCAGUUCAACUCGCCGAUGCCGCUGUACUCGGAGGAAAAGAUUGCCGAGACCCUCUCCGCGCAAACAGAGGUGCUGGCUGGAGGGGCACUCGGAGUGAACUUCAAGCGGUACGAGCCGCAGCCGUGGAAGCCGGCCGCCUCCGAAGUCUACAAGAUGAUCCACGGCGACGACGCCGACUCCGGCCCAGGUCAAAGUCAAGAUCGUAGUCGUCGGCCGCGCCCGCGGCGCCCGCAGCAUCCGUGCCCCCUCCGCCCCCCUGCCCCCCCCCCCACCCACACGAUACCGUCCCGAGGCUCAUCUCUCUCGAUGUUGGUUACACUUAAAAGGCCGCUUGCGACACAACCGCUGCAGCGCGAGGUUCUCUCUUGAAGUAGCGUUAUUCCGGAGGCUGCCUCGUGAGCUUAUCAUUUGCUCGGCAGCCACAUGAAGCCUCUGCGCUCAAUUUCAUUUGACGUGGUAUCAAACUAGUGAUCUGUUUAAGUCACGACAGGGGAACUUAAUUUCGGCUAUAAACUAUCUAAGCAUGGGAACAUAUGGCAGAAAACUAAGGGAAAACUGAGGGAAAGCCGAGCUUGAAAGGCCCCGCCGGGAAAAAAUGCAACACGGGUGGUAGUGCACCAACAGUUGCCGCUCUCGCUUGGGUGCGGCGCGAGGUCUCCCUGAGCGGACGUGGGCCAGAUCCUCCAGAUUUUUGGAGCCUUGGAGCCGCUGCCUUUGGGUGCUGGGGCCGAGCCUGGGAGGUGAGACACACUCUCAACACACGAUCAAACCUUCUGACCAGCCCUUCUGGCGCAGGGUCCGCCCCAACCUCAGCGGCGGGUCACCGGGGUCACGGGUGUGCUGUACUGGGCGCCGCGGGCCUGACCCUCCUGACCCUGCCGCA